ACAGCAAAAUUUGCAGCUAUUGUAUUUAGGGGGAUAACCAUUCCAGCAAAAAUCAUUAUCACCGUUGGACUUGUCACCUAUUUUUUUACUGAAACAACAACCAGUAAAGACUUCUUACACACCUUUUGUCUCGAUUGGUUUCUGUUAUUGGAAUAUGUUUUCACUCUGUUUUGCAAUAUGUGUGGAAAUGCAGGGUGGCUCCCCUAUCCUAUGUCCGUUGAUGAGCUCCCCGUUCCUCAAACCCUUGUUGAAAUCCCAGCAAGGGUACGUGUUGGCAAACGCAUUACACUUUUUAAUAGUGUUGUUCUUGGCUUGGAAGUAAGAUUCAACGUGGGGUUUCUCUGUGCAAUGGGGUUCCUAAUCUACAAAUUUCAAAGAAGACAUUUGUUCGAGUACGGGGAAAUAAAGAGCUUCCUACAGAGUGGCAACCAUUUGUCCCCUAUAAGGUACUCCUAUUCAGAUUUAAAGAAGAUGACUAGAAAUUUUCGAGAAAAACUAGGUGAAGGUGGUUUUGGUUCGGUUUACAAAGGAAAGCUUCAGAGUGGCCAUUAUGUAGCAGUCAAGCUAUUGGGAAAAGCCACGAUAAAUGGUCAAAAUUUCAUCAAUGAAAUUGGAACAAUUGGGAGGAUCCAUCAUGUCAACGUUGUCCAACUUGUUGGAUAUUGUGCGGAUAGAUCCAAGCGCGGCCUCAUUCUUGAUUUCAUGCCAAAUGGUUCUCUCGACAAGUACAUAUUCAACCAAGAAAAAGCAUCUUCAUUGGAUUGGGGUAUCAAAUUCAAGAUUGCAAUUGGUGUCGCUCGAGGGAUUAAGUAUUUGCAUAGUGGUUGUGAUAUCAAGAUCUUGCAUUUUGAUAUCAAGCCUCACAAUAUACUUCUAGACGACCAGUUUGUCCCGAAGAUCACCGAUUUUGGACUAGCAAAGUUACACUCAGUAGACAAGGACACAGUGACGAUGACGGCUACGGCUGCUAGAGGCACCAUAGGCUAUGUUGCUCCAGAACUCAUCAAUAGGUGCAUUGGCCUAGUGUCUCACAAGGCCGAUGUGUAUAGUUUUGGGAUGCUAUUGAUGGAGAUGGUGGGCGUAAACAGAGAGUUGAGGGGAAACAAAGAUGAUUCAACCAAGUAUUUCCCAGAUUGGAUAUAUGAUUGCAUUAACAAAGGCGAGGGGAUUGGAAUUGUUGAAGAAGAAGACAACAAUGGUGAUGAUAAGAAUGAGAUCGGAAAGAGUGUUCUUAAAAAGAUGACAAUAGUUGGGUUGUGGUGCAUACAAAUGAAUCCAGAAAAUCGUCCAUCAAUGAACAAAGUGUUGGAGAUGUUGGAAGGUGAUGGUGAAGAUUUGAAGAUUCCAGAGCAUCCAUCUCACCUAGUGAACGAGGACAAGAGUCGGGCUGGUGAUUCAUCUGGUUCUGUAUCACACUUGGAUUAUGACAAUGGUAGUAACAUUGAGAUUAGUAUAGCUUGA